GCCGCGGACGCUCCGGGGUCCUCGCGCACCGGAAGUGCUCGUGCUCGGCCUUUUCCGUCCGCAGUGGAGGCGGCGAGCGGCCGGCGUGCUCCGAUCGCUCGGAGCUAACCGCUGCUUGGCGGGGCCUCCGCGGCCCGGCGCACGCCCCAGCCGAGCGAAGAUGGUGGGCCGGAACAGUGCCAUCGCCGCGGGCGUGUGCGGUGCCCUCUUCAUCGGGUACUGCAUCUACUUUGACCGCAAAAGGCGGAGUGACCCCAACUUCAAGAACAGGCUUCGAGAACGAAGAAAGAAACAGAAGCUUGCUAAGGAGAGAGCUGGGCUUUCCAAGUUACCUGACUUAAAAGAUGCUGAAGCUGUUCAGAAAUUCUUCCUUGAAGAGAUACAGCUUGGUGAAGAGUUAUUAGCACAAGGUGAAUACGAGAAGGGUGUGGACCACCUGACAAAUGCAAUUGCUGUGUGUGGACAGCCUCAGCAGCUGCUGCAAGUGUUACAGCAAACUCUUCCACCACCAGUGUUCCAGAUGCUUCUGACCAAGCUUCCAACCAUUAGUCAGAGAAUUGUAAGUGCUCAGAGCUUGGCUGAAGAUGAUGUGGAAUGAGCCAGAUAUCAACACGAUAAAAUCUCAGUUAAAAAUGAUUUAACCAUUAGCUUGGAAGCUGAUCGGCUCUGGGGAAUAAGGGCAAAUACGCUUGUCAUGAACUGUCCUACACUGAAGUCUACCAAAGUGAAUGUGUACUUUGAGUAGAUCCAUUGUCUGUUCUAUUUAUUUUUUCCAGUGAAAAGUAUUUUGAUAGAACUUUUCAUUUUAUAAAUACACUGAGUUAACCAAAAUAUCAUGGAUUUCGUUUAUUCUUAAGACAUGCAAUUCAAAUGUAAAUACAGUAGAAUAUUAGGUAAAAACUCACAGUGAUGAAUUUUAAAACAUUGGAAGAGACUAUGGAGGAUAGUUGAAUAAUGCCCAUUUUUUUUAAAGCUCUAGUACAUUUUACUGUAAGUCAUCAAAUUGGAUAGAAACUUGUGUUUGUGAAAACUGAGCAUUAAAAUCUUUCAGAGACUGUUUCUUUCUGUUUACUUUUGGACAUGUGAAGUGUGCUGUUGUGCUGUUGGCAGUCCCAUUCCCUCCCCAUGUUUACUAAAAGCUUCAGUCUACAUUAGUGGCUUAAUGUCCUCUGGGGACUAACCACUAGUAUUUCAGGCACCUGGCUGCAGAAAGCACCAGGAUUUGACCUGGGUGAGCCUUGCCUGCUGUCCACUCACUCUGCUCUUUAUAGACUGAGAGAUCCAAUCUGCUCAUCUCUUGGGUGGCUCUGUUUAGCGUGGAGUUUAAUUGGUUCUGUUGAGUGUCUUUAGGUCCGUCUCCAGCUGAUGGCUGAUGAUUAUUUCAGAACAACCAGGCAUUGCACUUGUUUAUAUUCUGAAUUUGCAUGUUUACCUGACUUAGUAUUUCUCAAUUAAACCUCUAAGUAAAAUAACUUCUUUGUCAGUUAUUACUGAUGUGAAGUGAUUUUGUUACUGUUGUGUCAGUUAACCAGAAACUUGUCUUUAAGGCAGUUGUGAUGGUCUGCUUGUGAAAGUGUUGAUUCCCUUUUUGCUUUUAACAGUGUAUCUUCAAUCUUCCUGUGGAUUGACUAGUUUAUCUUACACAGUGACAAUAGAGUGUCAUCUUGACUGGAGACUUGACUGAAGCAGUAGUCGCUUCUUCUCAGAUAGCGGCCUCUCACCUGGUGACAUGGGCUGUCCUGAUAUAAGUGUGAAGAAGACCUUGUGGUCUGUGCUGGUAUCUGUUCACCGAGCAGCAUUCUCAUGGGCAACUUGUCUGCCUCCAUGCCCUAGAAUUGUUUUGACUUGCCUCACCUUUUCCAGGGGCUUGUUUCGAUGGUAGUUUAGUAGGGAGACUCUGGAAUGAGGCUUUACUAGCUUCUGCCUCUGGUUAGUGUAUGGACAACAGCUGUGAACAACUCACCUCUAGUAUUUUCUGGUGGAAUGCCAGACCUGGAGGCACACAUUUGAGGCAUCUAUCUAUAGGCCCUUUCCAGGCCUUUGAUGGUGAACCCUUACCAGUGCUUUCUAGAUAGGUAUGUGUUUGGGGGUGUGAUGCUAAAAAUACACUGGUUGAGUGUUGCUGGUAGAAUCUCCAGUCCCAGGUAUCAUAAUGGUGACCAGAGAUUGACUGCACUGCCCAGAAAGUCCUGCAUCAGCCCAGGUGUGGCUAAGAGGACCACAGGGGGAGUGGAGGUGGGGAAGUGAGGGGUAGGGCACUCUUGGAGAGGGGUUCUGCAGUGUGCACCUGGUGGCCUGGCUCCUGGCAGUGGAGAGGGUAGAGAUGCUGUCUUUACUUUGAGACCGAUUAAGUCAAGACUUUUCUUAAGUGACUGAUGUGGGGCUUCAGCAUUGCCGCUUUUGAACACUAGCUAUGUUUAUGGAGGGACUACUUUCCCUACACAUAAACAAGUGCUGAACACUAUUUCUUCUCACCCCAAGUUAAAUAGAUGGAACCAGGAAGCCUUGGUGCUGGUAAGUGAUGUCAGAAGGCAAGACUCACACUCAAGUAGUAUAAAAAGAAACAGCUUGAGGGUUGCCAGGAGCAUUCGAAAAUGUGCAUGUUACAACAUGUUGGUAUGCUGCCUCGGGCAAAGGUGUAUUGCUGGGUGCCACUGUUUUUCCUAACUGAAAACAUUUUAAAUGGAGAUUCCUGGAAAGGUGGUGUAAAUGCCCUAAUAUAGUGUGCAUACUUAGGCAAAGUCCAGGUGUUGUGUUCCUUUCAUCUCCAGCAGGUUUGGUAUUUAUACCAUUGUCCACCUGCCUUUAUGACUUGCCUUUAUGACCUUGAAUCAACCUAUGGACCAGAGUAUUGAUAAUGGAAUUGCUGCUGAAGAAAUGGUAGGGAAUUUGGUGUAUGGUCCUGACAACAAAUCUUUCUUCUAACAUAAAAAAAAAAUAGAAGUGUUUAUUGCUUGUACCUCAGCUGUAUUAAAGGGUUUGGAGAACA